UCCGCAGGGGCGGCGGCGGGGCGGCAGGAGCCAGGAUGGCAGCUCGGCGUGCGCUGAAAGCUGUCUUGGUGGAUCUCAGCGGCACACUUCACGUUGAAGACUCAGCUGUGCCAGGCGCGCAGGAAGCUCUUAAAAGGCUGCGCAGCGCUCCGGUUACCAUUCGAUUUGUGACGAACACAACGAAAGAGUGCAAGAGAGACCUGCUGGAGAGGCUGACGAAACUGGGAUUUGACAUUGCAGAAAAUGAGAUCUUCACGUCUCUGACAGCAGCCAGAAAUCUGCUGGAGCAAAAGCAGGUUCGGCCUCUCCUCCUGGUGGAUAAUAAGGCCCUGCCUGAUUUCACAGGGAUAGCCACUGAUGACCCCAAUGCAGUGGUGGUAGGACUGGCUCCUGAGCACUUUCACUAUGAGAUGAUGAACAGAGCGUUUCGGUUGAUUUUGGAUGGUGCUCCCCUUAUAGCUAUACAUAAAGCCAGAUAUUUCAAGAAAAAAGACGGCUUGGCUCUGGGACCUGGACCUUUUGUAGCUGGGCUGGAAUAUGCGACGGACACCAAAGCAACAGUGGUGGGGAAGCCAGAGAAAACCUUCUUCCUAGAGGCUUUGCGGGGGACUGACUGUGCCCCAGAGGAGGCCGUCAUGAUUGGUGAUGACUGCAGGGAUGACGUUGGUGGCGCCCAGAACACGGGCAUGCGUGGGAUUUUGGUAAGGACCGGUAAAUAUCGACCGGCAGAUGAAGACAAAAUCAAUCCGGCUCCUUACCUCACCUGUGAGAAUUUCCCAGAGGCAGUGGAACAUAUCCUAGAGCAUCUGCUAUGA